CUAAUAGUAAAGCCCAAGUAUGUUCGAGGACACUAACUUGAAAGUAUAUGCGGUAGAUAAACGAAACGCAUUCUAGGAGACCUUAGGGUAAAAGCAAGGCCAAUGCUGCGCUUUGUCAGCCGGAGGACUGUGCUAACAUCCUCUUGCAGGCUAGUAGAAACACACGCAUCGAGUUGUCCUGAGGUCUCUUCAAAUCUACUGAAUGUCCACAACAGCAACGAUCGAGCGCAAAGUGGCAUCAUCCGAUCAUUCCACGCGUCGGCGAAGCAUGAGAUUUUGCCCCUACUUGCGGUUGGUACUAUAGCGCUGGUUGGAAGAUACAGCUGGAAGGCACUCCGUCGAAUGGACGAAGACUGGGAAGAAUAUGAGUAUCUCAUGGAACAGCACGAAAAGCAGAAAGCACGGGAAAACCCCCAUGAACACGCAUCUCGAACGAUGGCUGUUGAUGUUGGUACCGUCUACACGAAGUUAGCCGUCAGCUAUCCGAAACCGGAAGUGAUAGUGACGCGCGAAGGAGAUCGUUUCUUCUUUAACGGCAUUUUCUAUACUGACGAAUCCAUGGAUAGAAGCUCAUCUCUAAGCGGAAGGGCGGCUUUAGAACGCUACUUCUAUAGUGAGAACACUGUUGAGGAUCGAGCGAAUUCAAAAACAAUUUGGAGCGUACUAAAUCCCCCGAACGACGGAGUCGUGGACGAAGAGGAAGCAUCGAAGCUUAUUAGCGAUCUUUUGUCGCCCGCGAUUGCUGAAGCCAUGGAUAGACUUGAUUAUCAAAGCAAGGAAGACCUGCUGCGUACAGUUGUUACCCUACCAAACCAGCUUCUUGUUUCAGUUCCAGCUCUGACGUCGUUUGUCAAGUCUCUGGACACGAAGACUCGCACAACCUUUUUGCCCAACCCCGUGGCGGCCGUUUGGGGCGCACAAUCUAAGAAUUUGCUGCCGGAAGAUUACGAUGGAAAAACCAACAAGACCGUUGUCAUUGAUGUUGGCGGUGAAACAACACAGUUUUCUAUGGUGGAACGAAAUUUGGUAAAGUACACGAUAUCAGUGCCUUGGGGUGGCGAAUCCUUGGUCCGAUUGGUUGUGGAUCUGCUGAAGAAGGAGUCAAGCGUCCCUUUGCAGGACGCCAGAUCCUUAUCGGCGCUGCAAGCCCAGGCGCGUGCCGCAGUAGCAGAGCUUACAUCACAAACGCGCGUUCCUGUCCAUGUUCCGUAUCUGUUUCCAGAUCCUGGUAAACAUCAUUUGGAUGCGGCUUUGUCUCGAUAUGUAGUGGAGCAGGCGGUCAACCACCAUAUUCGCAAUACACUGAGUGAAACGCUGCCGGGUGAGAACUAUCUUUCAACCCAUAUGCCGCCGCCGACGAAUUUGGAAAGUUUGUUGAUGUCGGUAUUAACGCAACUCUUGGAAGCCAGUAACGAAACUCCCAUGAGCAUCGAUUCUGUUCUGGUGGUGGGCGGGGCAAGCAAAUUUCCACUGGUGGACUCUUCCAUCCGAUCUGCCUGUUUCGCUUUUAUGGGAUCAGACGCGAAUACCAAGCUUGUCAUUCCAGAGGUCUCUUUACGGACUGAAUUAACCGUAUUAGGCUGUACGACGUUGUUGCCAUCGUACGACUACGAGUUGGGGGAAGGUUUGAAACGCACGAAUAGCUGA